AUGGCGGCUGUAUCGAUGCCCAGACAGCCCUUCGGUGUCCUUGACAGUCCUCGCCUGGCUCAUCUGUCUGGUAUGAAGAAUCGUCAGAAUGGCAUAGCCAAAACUCCUAGUCCCUUGUCUGGCAAGGCAAAGUCAAUGGUUCCAACAUCAUCACCCAGCCUGAAGCCUUUAACAAAACGUCCUCUUACUCUUUCCUUUGACGAGUUCGAUGGAGAGAACAACGACGCCGAGAAUGUGAACCCGAACAUGUUCCUCUCUCCUAUGAAGCGCACAAAGAUGGACAAGCCCUCGAUAUCUCUCAAGCCCAAAGGCCUGAGCACCAUGCCAUCCUCGUUCAACUUUACUUUCAACCCUACAAAGACGACACCUGCAACUUCCAUGCCUCCUCCAGCCAUCGUUCCUUCCCGUCUCUCAACACCGAUGAAGUACGCGGGCGUCACCAAGCCCUCAACAAGAACACCACUCACAGCGCCUGCUGGAAGAUCUCCCAAAUCAAAGCGUGAUCGUCGCAGACUCAGCGCUCAUACACCUACUACUCGUGUCGAUUCUGCAAUCUCUAGACCGUCUGCUCGCACCGGCCUUCCUUUCAGCAUAGACGCCGCCCUCACUGCUUCCUUGAAGGCUCCUGCCCCAGUCGCUGCGCCAAACGUGAAACCCGUAGCGUCCAUCGACGAGUCAAUGCCCAGUUCAUGGUUUUUCGCUAUCCAUGAAGACACUCCCGACGAGGAAGCCGAGAACCUCAUGGAACACUCAACCUUGACUCUGGAUCUUUCUUCCGAUGACGAGUCUGCAACCAAGGCCGACGAAAACAGAGGCAAGGAGAAUGUCGCUCCUGCCGGUUAUGAUCCCAUUGCUUCUUCCUCACCCACUCGCCGAUCACGCCGCCUGGCCAAAACAGCUGCUGACAUGGAUACUGACGAGGCUGCUCGUGCCCCUCUUGGCUCACUCGACACUAUCGAGUUCAUCCCUGAGGGUUUAACGAAGGACUCGAUCGUCAUCCUCCACGAAGCUUCUGAGAUUUGCAACCUGGAUGUUCCUGUCGUCAAGGUUGACAAUGAUUGCACGCCGCCCAUCGUCAUCUCUCCGCCUAAGCAGACUUCACUUGACAUCUUCGUCUUCGAAGAUGAGUCCGCAACUCCCGCUCCGUCUACUGGUGGCAAGCGUAAGAGAUGCCUUGACGAUGAUGAGGAUGAGUGA